AAAAAUUUUUGUUUAGGUACUAUAUUAAAAAGUGUAAUAGUGCAUGGGUCAUAUGGGAAUUAUUCCCAAUAAGAAUACCCGUUUGGAAUGUCUCUGUCAAAUGACAAAAGCAAGAAAAGUUGAAUAUUCAAAUGACGGUUUCCAGCCGCCAAUCUCGCGGGUCUCUACGAGACUUUCAAUGGACCACACACCACACAAUCAUCAUGAGGUCCCACCAUCAUUUGGUCGGCGAUCCAGAUCGCUUCCUCGCCGAGUUCUCCGUUGCUAAAAUUAAUCACAACCACACACGUAGCAAACUACUCUUCCUCUGUGUCAUUUCUUACCGGGUACCUGCAUUACCGGUUCCUUGGCCGUUAUUUUAGGUAUGUACAAAAGAAAGCUCUUGCUAAACACUUGACACAAAUUUGAGAGCUAUAUUCUUAGAAAGCAAAAGAGCAAGAAACAGUUCUUGAUACUUCUUUUGAAAGAGAAAAUUUGCAUUGAUAAUUUGUUAUUUUUCCUUGAAAAUGCCGAUUAAUAGAAUUACGGUUGAAACAUCGAGCGAAUCGAGCCAUCCAGAUGCGAUAAAGGCAGCUUUCGCAGAGUUUUUUUCAACGCUUAUUUUUUUAUUUGCCGGAGAAGGAUCCGGCAUGGCUUUUAACAAGUUAACGAAUAAUGGGUCAAGCACACCUGCCGGUCUUGUAGCUGCAUCGUUGGCUCAUGCAUUUGCCCUUUUUGUGGCUGUUUCUGUUGGUGCUAACAUUUCAGGGGGUCAUGUCAAUCCUGCUGUGACCUUUGGGGCUUUCAUUGGUGGCAGCAUUACUUUGUUGAGAGGCAUUUUGUACUGGAUUGCACAGUUGCUAGGGUCAGUCGUGGCUUGCUUCCUUCUUAAGUUUGCUACCGGCGGAUUGGAAACACCAGCUUUCUCGCUAUCAUCUGAUGUAUCCGCCUGGAACGCACUUGUGUUUGAGAUUGUGAUGACUUUUGGCCUCGUCUACACAGUAUAUGCCACAGCAAUGGAUCCAAAGAAAGGAAAUUUGGGGAUAAUUGCUCCUCUUGCAAUUGGUUUCAUAGUGGGUGCUAACAUCUUGGCUGGUGGUGUUUUUGAUGGUGCCUCAAUGAACCCAGCAGUGUCAUUUGGUCCUGCUGUUGUUAGCUGGACCUGGACUAACCACUGGGUCUAUUGGCUUGGUCCAUUGAUUGGGGCCGCCAUUGCUGCCAUUGUCUAUGACAACAUCUUCAUUGGUGAUGGCACCCAUGAACCUCUUUCUACCACUGAUUUUUAGGUGAUGGAGAGAAUAAACAAAUUGGGAAAGGAAGAAGAGGUUUCUCAGGGUGAAAUUGGGGUUUGUUGUAGUUGUAGUUCGUUCUAAAUUUGUGUUAUAGGAGUGUAUAAGAGCUUCUUGGCUCUCCUGAUCUGAAAAACUUGAGAAAUUCUAGUCC